AGAGAUGGAGAAAGAGUUACGCAGGAGAGAAGCGAAAAUGGCAAGUCGUAGAAGAAGGCACGAAAGCAUUGAAGACGACGUAUUUGAGUUUCAUCUCAUCUUUCAAUACAACUUUGAUGCAUGCUGGCGACGGAGUCCCAAAAGCACCAUUUUCGUCUUCUAUCGGAUGGAUUUUUCGUUCAUGGCUUCUCCUAUCCGCUUUUCUACUUCUGGCCUGGCACUGAAAGAGGUGAUCUGCAAUGGAAGCAGACAAGACAAUUUCCCUCGAGGCUAUCAACAAAGAGGCUGUUGAUCUGGAGAACAUUCCUAUUGAAGAAGUUUUUGAGAAACUGAAUUGUACAAAAGAAGGUCUUAGUACUGAUGAUGUCCAAAAGCGUUUAGAAGUGUUUGGAUAUAAUAAGCUUGAAGAAAAAAAGGAAAAUAAGAUACUCAAGUUUCUAGGUUUCAUGUGGAAUCCUCUGUCAUGGGUCAUGGAAGUAGCAGCAAUCAUGGCAAUCUGUGUCCCACACAAGUCGCAUAACUCCAACGGCCCAGUAGUGGACUACCCUGAUUUUAUUGGCAUUGUGAUGCUCCUUAUAAUAAACUCAACCAUCAGUUUUAUAGAGGAAAACAAUGCUGGAAAUGCAGCCGCUGCUCUUAUGGCUCGAUUGGCUCCAAAAGCUAAGGUCUUACGUGACGGAAAAUGGAGUGAGGAGGAUGCUUGUGUUUUGGUUCCUGGGGAUAUUGUCAGUAUCAAACUAGGAGACAUAAUUCCUGCUGAUGCACGUCUCCUUGAAGGAGAUCCUCUGAAAAUUGAUCAGUCUGCCCUCACAGGAGAGUCACUUCCCGUGACAAAGAAUCCUGGAGACGGUGUAUACUCUGGAUCAACAUGUAAGCAAGGUGAAAUUGAAGCAGUGGUUAUUGCAACUGGAGUACACACAUUCUUUGGGAAGGCAGCUCAUUUAGUGGAAACUACCAUCCAUAUAGGGCAUUUUCAGAAGGUGUUGACUGCAAUUGGAAAUUUCUGUAUUUGCUCAAUAGCUACAGGGAUGGUAAUUGAAGUCAUCGUGGUUUGUGCUCGUGAAAAGAAAGAUUUUAGUGAAGCGGUGGAUAAUCUCCUAGUACUACUUAUCGGUGGAAUCCCCAUUGCUAUGCCAACUGUUCUUUCUGUUACAAUGGCAAUUGGUUCUCAUCGCUUAUCACAACAGGGUGCCAUAACCAAACGAAUGACAGCUAUUGAGGAAAUGGCUGGUAUGGACGUGUUAUGCAGUGAUAAAACUGGCACUCUAACACUUAACAAACUUUCCGUGGACAAAAAUAUGGUUGAGGUUUUUGCCCAAGGUGUAGAUAAGGAUAUGGUGGUGUUAAUGGCUGCAAGAGCCUCCAGAUUGGAGAACCAGGAUGCAAUUGAUUGUGCCAUUGUUUCAAUGUUGGCGGAUCCUAAGGAGGCACGAGCUGGAAUUACAGAAGUUCACUUCCUUCCAUUUAAUCCCACUGAUAAGAGGACAGCACUGACAUAUAUAGACAGUAAAGGCAAAAUGCAAAGAGUGAGCAAAGGAGCACCAGAACAGAUUCUCAACCUUGCACGCAACAAAUCAGAAAUCCAGAAAAAGGUCCACUCUAUUAUAGAUAGAUUUGCAGAGCGUGGACUUCGUUCGCUUGCAGUUGCAAUGCAGGAAGUACCUGCUGGAACCAAAGAGAGUCCAGGAGGACCAUGGGAAUUCGUUGGUCUUCUUCCUCUCUUUGAUCCACCUCGCCAUGAUAGUGCGGAGACAAUUAGAAGAGCCUUAGAUCUUGGAGUCAGUGUAAAGAUGAUAACAGGUGACCAACUGGCAAUAGCUAAGGAGACUGGAAGAAGGCUUGGUAUGGGUACCAACAUGUAUCCAUCAUCAUCUCUGCUAGGUGGUCAUAAGGAUGAUUCUAUUGCAGCUCUACCAGUUGAGGAGCUCAUUGAAAAAGCUGAUGGAUUUGCUGGUGUUUUUCCUGAGCACAAAUAUGAGAUUGUAAAGAUAUUACAAGGUAGAAAGCAUAUAUGUGGAAUGACUGGCGACGGAGUCAACGAUGCACCUGCAUUGAAGAAAGCAGACAUAGGAAUUGCGGUGGCUGAUGCAACUGAUGCUGCUCGAAGUGCCUCCGACAUAGUUCUGACUGAACCUGGAUUGAGUGUCAUCAUAAGUGCUGUCUUAACUAGCCGUGCCAUCUUUCAGAGGAUGAAGAACUACACUAUAUAUGCAGUCUCUAUUACAAUCCGUAUUGUGCUCGGAUUUCUAUUGCUGUCUGCCUUAUGGAAAUUUAAUUUCCCACCAUUCAUGGUUCUUGUAAUUGCAAUACUCAACGAUGGUACCAUCAUGACAAUAUCCAAAGACAGAGUCAAACCAUCUCCAUUACCCGACAGUUGGAGACUCAGUGAGAUUUUUGCCACUGGGGUCGUCAUUGGGACUUAUCUUGCUUUGACAACUGUUCUGUUUUUCUAUCUAAUGUACGAAACCAGUUUCUUUGCGAAUCAUUUCAAUAUCAAGGAUUUCAACCAUCACCUUAGCAAGUUUGAUAACCUUAAGGCUACCAAGGAACUAAAUGCACAGCUAGCAUCUGCUGUGUACCUUCAAGUCAGCACCAUUAGUCAAGCCUUAAUUUUUGUUACUCGCUCCAGAGGAUGGUCAUUUACUGAAAGACCCGGCCUUCUUCUUCUUGCCGCCUUUGUCAUUGCACAACUGGCUGCUACUUUAGUAUCAGCAGAGGUUACGUUGGAAUUCACAAACAUCGCAAAGAUUGGUUGGGGAUGGACAGGUGUCAUCUGGUUGUACAAUAUUAUAACAUACUUGUUUCUAGAUCCUAUCAAAUUUGGCGUUCGAUAUGCACUUAGUGGGAGAGCCUGGAACCUUAUAUUGAACCAGAAGACUGCUUUCAAUACCCAAAAGGAUUUCGGUAAGGAGGCAAGGGAGGCGGCAUGGGCAACUGAGCAGAGGACCCUUCAUGGCCUUCAGUCCAUGGAGUCAAAAAUAAUUGAUAAACAUACUCUUAGGGACAUCAGCAUCAUGGCUGAAGAAGCUAAAAGGCGUGCAGAAAUCGCAAGACUAAGGGAGAUCCACACUCUGAAAGGGAAGGUGGAAUCAUUUGCUAAGCUAAGAGGACUAGACAUUGAUGUUAAUCCACAUUAUACUGUAUGAGCUAUCUGUCUCUUCUCCGUUUGAACCACCACCGCCGCCACCACUUCUCUCUUCACACGAAUCUUCCCUUUACUGGGGCAAGUUAAUUUGUCUUUGAUUUUUCAUUUCCUUGGGCGAGAUAUUCGCUUGUUAAUCAUUUCCUUUUCUUCUACUUGUACGUUUUCUCAGACAUCAAUUUGUUGUAACAGAAUCCAGACACAUGCUGACAAACUAUACUAAUAAAAGCUUGCCCAAUCAUUUUAUAAAUCA